AUGGCUCAAGCGAUCAAGAGCGCUCUGCCCACUCACCUGAAGCCUCUUGGAGGCCAGGGCAAGGGUGAUGAUGCCGAGUUCACCUCUCGUCACCACGGCAAGACGAGGUCUCACAUGGCCUUCGAGAACACCUCUACGAGUGUUGCUGCUGCCCAGAUGCGCAAUGCCCUCACCAACCUUUCCGAGACCGUCACGGAUCCCGAGCAGAAGAAGCUCUUCGAGACUGAGAUGGACAACUUCUUCGCCCUCUUCCGCCGCUACCUGAACGACAAGGCCAAGGGCAACGCCGUCCGCUUCGGCGAUGCUCCUCUCAUCAAGCUGGGCAGCGACUUCAAGAAGGUCUCUGACUUCCAGAAGCACAUCCCAUCCAUCCCCAAGAUCAUUGAGUUGGACCACCUUACCAUCACUGGUGCCGUCAACUUGGGCCGUGGUGUGACGUUGAAGGGUACCGUCAUCAUCGUUGCGACGGAGGGCAGCACCAUCGAUAUCCCCCCUGGAUCCAUCCUCGAGAACGUGGUUGUCCAGGGAAGCUUGCGUCUGCUUGAGCACUAA